AACGAGAGACUGACAAUUAUGACAGCAGCACAUAACAGAAGAAAAUUCAAGCUCGUAUAGUUUACACGAACUGACUUUAUACCAAAAUGGACAAUGAAGACGAAUUUCCUCAUGGUGGUGAUGGUGGACAAACAUCAGCGGAUACAUCACAAUCUAAAAGUCUAGUAAGUGUUUCUCGUUCUGUUAAAAGAAGUAGGACAUCAGAUAUAUGGAAUCACUUUACGCUAGAAGAAGAUGAGAAUAGUGAUAAGAGAGCAUAUUGUAAGAAAUGCCCAAAGCAGUACUUGAUGUUGCCAACUACUGGAACAUCAAAUCUGAUUCGUCAUCAUGGGAAAUGCUCAAUGGGUGUAGAUGUUGAAAGAAAGACAGUGAAGAUUGAUCAUAAAGUUGCUAGGGAAAAGUUUAGUCGAAUUAUGAUGAGCUGUUUUGGAUUUCUUUGUGUAAUUCUUGCAAUGGGGGCUGUUUUGGAUCCUAGAAUGAAAUUCAAACUUCUAAAGCGAUGUUAUGAUGAGCUUGAUCCAACCACUUCACAAGCAAAAAUAGAUUUCCUCGAGGAUCAGCUUAUUAUGCUUUUUGGAGAAUAUAGGAAAGCAUUUCCUUUGACUCCUGUUGUGAGUUCUACAAGAGCAGGUUCUGGUGUUUCAGGACGAGGACGUGAGAACUUGGACGUGCUAGAUGAUUUGUUUGACUUAGAUGAUGUUCCAGAAGUUGAAGAAACAAAGUCAGCAUUGGAUAUGUAUUUGGAGGACCCAAAAUUAGAGAUGGAAAAUCAUCCUAAUUUGAAUGUUUUGCAAUAUUGGAAAGAGAACAGACAUCGUUUUGGUGCGUUGGCAUACAUGGCAAUGGACGUGCUUAGCAUUCCCAUUACAAGUGUGGCUUCUGAAUCUUCUUUCAGCAUUGGGUCUCACGUUAUAAAUAAAUAUCGAAGUCGUCUUCUUCCUAGCAAUGUCCAAGCUCUAUUGUGUACUCGUUCUUGGCUAUAUGGUUUUGUGAUUGAUGAUGAAGAUGACAAGGGAGAGACGGUUGUUAUUCGAUCAGAUCCAGCUUCUAGAGGAAAAGAACAUGAAUGAUGAUGCUUCAUAGAGGAGAUUGAAGUGGAAGCUUUGAACCAGAAGAAACUCAGAAAAUUAUA